AUGCGGACCCGUAUUAUGCGGGUGGGGGGAGUGGUGGGGGAGGCGGAUGGGGGAGCGGAGGGGGAGGCGGAUUGGGAAGCGGAGGAGGGAGCGGGGAGCAAUAUCAGCAGCAGCAGCAAGCAGCGGCCUUCCAAUCACUGCCGUCCGUAUGUGGCAGCCAUGGCGACAAAGCACCAUCCCAACCUCGUCCGUCUGCUGGGCUACUGCAUCGACAUGAACCCAGCACCCCUACUCCCCUUCCGCCCCUCCCUUCCUCCCCCACCCCAGGUGGCAGCCAUGGCAACAAAGCACCAUCCCAACCUCGUCCGUCUGCUGGGCUACUGCAUCGACAUGAACCCAGCACCCCUACUCCCCUUCCGCCCCUCCCUUCCUCCCCCACCCCAGGUGGCAGCCAUGGCAACAAAGCACCAUCCCAACCUGGUGCGUCUACUGGGCUACUGCACUGACAUGAACCCAGCAGCGCAGGGCAGGGGAGACCUGAGCAUGGAGCAAAUAGUGGUCUACGAGUUCAUGUCCCAUGGGGACUGCAGCGGUGGGUGGGGGAGGGGGCGGCACAGCCGCUGCCGAUGGCACAGCGGCUCUCUCUUUGGCAUCCUCAUUCUGACCACAAUGUCGGGCCGCAAUGCUCUCAAGGCAGACGAGAAUGGCUACAAUUUCAAUGUGGCGAAAUGGGCAAAGGCAUUAGUUGCGGCUGGCAAAGCAGAGGAACUGAAAGACCCACAAUUAGAUGCUCCGGUGGGUUUGAUUCUGCGGCUGGCACAGCUGGCGCUGCGCUGCACGGCCACGCCGACCGUGUCUCGUCCUGACAUGGUGCAGGUGGUAUCUGAGCUGACUGCACUCAGGAAGGAAUUUCUGGGGGAGGUGUCAUCUAGGAUGGCUGAGAGGAUAGAUGAGGAGGUGGAGUCCCAGAGGGUCGGGAAUUUUGAUGCGGAAAUAGAGAGGAUUGAGAAGCUUGCGAACAAGAAUAGCACCAGUUCAAUGCGCAUUCGUUAA